CACGCACGGCCUCUGGGGUCGCUCCGGGUCGCGCGCGGAGUAGGGGCUGGAGGGAAGGGUCCGCCUCCAAGGCUGGCCGGCGCCUGCGCCGCGGGGCUCCCGUCAGGACGCGCAUUCUCUCACCCUCCCUCUGCUGCGCGCGCCCGGUGGGCGUGGGAGGAGGCGGGGAACCGGGAAGGGGCGGGUGUCGCUGGAGGGAAGGAGCGAACCGGAGAGCGUCGUCCUGAGAGGAGUGAAGGCGGCAAAAUGGCGGACCGCUUCUCCCGCUUCAACGAGGACCGAGACUUUCAGGGUAAUCACUUUGAUCAGUAUGAGGAAGGACACUUGGAAAUUGAACAAGCAUCACUUGACAAGCCUAUUGAAUCGCAGUUGGCCCAUAUUAGCUAAGCUGCCAUGAUCUGCCCAGUUUUUAAAGCCAGGAUAAUAUUGGACACCGCUUACUCCAGAAACAUGGGUGGAAGCUGGGCCAGGGAUUGGGAAAAUCUCUUCAGGCAUUAUGAUCCUGGACUUGUUGUGGUGAUGGUAAACUUAGCAGUGGGAGAACAGAUCCCAUUCCAAUCGUUGUCAAGUAUGAUGUCAUGGGCAUGGGUCGCAUGGAAAUGGAGCUUGAUUAUGCUGAAGAUGCUACCGAACGGCGCCGUGUCCUAGAAGUGGAAAAAGAAGACACAGAAGAGCUGAGACAAAAGUACAAGGAUUAUGUUGACAAAGAAAAGGCAAUUGCCAAAGCCUUGGAAGACCUCAGAGCCAACUUUUACUGUGAACUCUGUGAUAAGCAGUAUCAGAAACAUCAGGAAUUUGAUAACCAUAUCAACUCCUAUGAUCAUGCACACAAGCAGGAAGGCACACAGGAUUAUUAUGAAUCUGAGUUAAUAGCUGAUGUAUUGAAAGCAAAUCCUUCUAAUUUGGGAGCCCAGAUCACAAGAAGAUUAAAAGAUCUCAAGCAGAGAGAGUUUGCUCGAAAUGUCUCUUCAAGAUCCCGCAAGGAUGAGAAAAAACAGGAAAAAGCCCUUCGGCGGCUCCAUGAGCUGGCAGAGCAAAGAAAACAAGCUGAAUGUGCACCUGGAAGUGGUCCCAUGUUCAGACCAACCACAGUGGCUGUAGAUGAAGAAGGUGGAGAAGAUGAUAAGGAUGAAUCAGCUACAAAUAGUGGCACAGGUGCCACUGCCUCUUGUGGCCUGGGAUCUGAAUUUUCCACAGAUAAAGGAGGCCCUUUCACUGCAGUACAAAUCACUAGUACCACUGGACUGGCACAGCCUCCUGGGUCAGCCUCCCAAGGCAUCAGCUUUGGCAUUAAGAAUAAUCUGGGGACCCCAUUGCAAAAAUUGGGAGUGUCAUUUUCUUUUGCCAAGAAGGCUCCUGUCAAACUUGAAUCAAUAGCAUCAGUUUUCAAGGACCACGCGGAGGAAGGGACCCCUGAAGAUGGAACAAAACCUGAUGAGAAGGGUUCUGACCAAGGACUGCAGAAGGUAGGAGACUCUGAUGGUAGCAGUAAUCUUGAUGGUAAAAAAGAGGAUGAAGACCCUCAGGAUGGAGGGUCCCUUGCCUCAACGUUAUCCAAAUUAAAAAGGAUGAAGCGAGAAGAAGGAGCUGGGGCUACAGAGCCCGAGUAUUACCACUACAUCCCCCCAGCACACUGCAAAGUAAAACCUAAUUUUCCCUUCCUACUUUUUAUGAGAGCCAGUGAACAAAUGGAAGGUGAUAAUAGUACACACCCAAAGAAUGUCCCAGAGAGUAAAAAAGGCAGUUCUCCCAAGCCUAAAAGCUGCAUCAAGGUGGCAGCAAGCCAAGGAGCAGAAAAGACUAUUAGUGAAGUCUCUGAGCAGCCAAAGGAAACCACCAUGACUGAGCCCUCAGAACCAGGAAGCAAAGCUGAGGCAAAGAAAGCCUUAGGAGGGGAUGUAAGUGAUCAGAGUUCAGAGAGUCGUAGUCAGAAGGUUUCAGAGACCCAAAUGUGUGAGUCCAACUCUUCCAAAGAAACCUCUCUGGCCACCCCAGCAGGGAAAGAAAGCCAAGAAGGACCCAAACAUCCUACUGGUCCCUUUUUCCCAGUUUUGAGCAAAGAUGAAAGCACUGCCCUCCAAUGGCCAUCAGAACUAUUAAUUUUCACCAAGGCAGAACCAUCCAUUUCAUACAGUUGUAACCCUUUAUAUUUUGACUUUAAACUUUCAAGGAACAAAGAUGCCAGAACUAAAGGGACAGAAAAGCCAAAGGAUAUAGGAAGUUCCUCAAAGGAUCAUCUCCAAGGCCUAGAUGCUGGUGAGCCAAAUAAAAACAAGGAAGGGGGUGGAGAGAAAAUAGUACGUUCCUCAGGAGGCAGAAUGGAUGCACCUGCUUCAGGGUCUACCUGUAGCAGCCUGAACAAGCAGGAGCCUGUGGGUAGCCAUGGGUCUGAAACAGAAGACACAGGGAGAAGCCUUCCCAGCAAGAAAGAACGAUCCGGGAAGUCCCACCGGCACAAAAAGAAAAAGAAGCACAAAAAAUCCAGCAAACACAAACGUAAACACAAGGCUGACACAGAAGAGAAAAGCUCUAAGGCAGAGUCAGGGGAGAAAUCUAAGAAGCGCAAGAAACGAAAACGAAAGAAGAAUAAGUCAUCAGCCCCAGCUGAUUCUGAACGAGGACCCAAACCAGAACCCCCUGGGAGUGGCAGUCCUGCACCACCAAGAAGACGGCGGCGAGCUCAAGAUGACUCCCAGCGAAGAUCCCUCCCAGCUGAAGAGGGGAGCAGUGGCAAAAAGGAUGAAGGUGGGGGCGGUAGCAGCUCCCAAGACCAUGGUGGGAGGAAACACAAAGGUGAACUUCCACCUUCAUCCUGCCAGCGAAGAGCAGGCACCAAACGGAGCAGCCGGUCUAGCCAUCGGAGCCAACCCAGUAGUGGAGAUGAGGAUAGUGAUGAUGCUUCAUCACACCGGCUACACCAGAAGUCUCCAUCCCAGUACAGUGAGGAAGAAGAGGAGGAAGAUUCAGGCAGUGAGCAUUCCCGCAGCCGCUCGAGGUCUGGCCGGCGCCAUUCCUCACAUCGUUCCUCCCGGCGUUCUUAUUCAAGUAGCUCAGAUGCCUCAUCAGACCAGAGCUGCUAUAGUAGACAGCGCAGUUACUCUGAUGACAGCUACAGUGACUAUAGUGACCGAUCACGAAGGCACUCCAAACGUUCCCAUGACUCAGAUGACUCAGACUAUGCCAGCUCCAAACACCGAUCCAAACGGCACAAAUAUUCAUCUUCUGAUGAUGACUAUAGCCUCAGUUGCAGCCAGUCCCGAAGCCGAUCUCGGAGUCAUACCAGGGAGCGCUCAAGAUCCCGGGGCCGCAGCCGCAGCAGCAGUUGUAGUCGUAGUCGGAGCAAGCGGAGAAGCCGUAGCACUACAGCCCACAGCUGGCAACGGAGCCGGAGCUAUAGCCGGGACCGCAGCCGCAGCACCAGGAGCCCUUCCCAGAGAUCAGGCUCCAGGAAGGGAUCAUGGGGUCAUGAGAGCCCUGAGGAAAGGCAUUCUGGGCGUCGGGACUUCAUUCGUUCUAAGAUCUACCGCUCCCAGUCCCCCCACUAUUUCCGAUCAGGCCGGGGAGAAGGUCCCGGGAAGAAAGAUGAUGGCAGAGGAGAUGACAGUAAAGGGACAGGUCCACCUACCCAGAACAGCAACAUUGGCACAGGAAGAGGGUCAGAAAGUGACUGCAGUCCUGAAGACAAGAACUCUGUCACUGCCAAACUGCUGCUGGAGAAGAUCCAGUCAAGGAAAGUGGAGAGGAAACCUAGUGUGAGUGAGGAGGUGCAGGCCACCCCUAAUAAAGCUGGGCCCAAGCUCAAAGACCCCCCACAAGGUUACUUUGGGCCCAAGCUCCCCCCAUCUCUUGGCAAUAAGCCCGUCCUUCCACUGAUAGGGAAGCUCCCAGCUACCCGAAAGCCCAACAAGAAAUGUGAAGAGUCUGGCUUGGAAAGGGGGGAAGAGCAAGAACAGUCAGAGAUGGAAGAAGGGCCCCCAGGGAGUAGUGAUGCCCUUUUUGGGCAUCAGUUCCCUUCAGAGGAAACAACUGGCCCCUUAUCAGAGCCACCCCCAGAAGAACCAAAGUCUGAAGAAGCUACUGCUGAUCAUCCUGUGGCUCCGCUAGGCACCCCGGCACACUCUGACUGCUACCCUGGGGACCCAAACAUCUCCCAUAGCUACCUCCCCGACCCCAGUGACGGGGACACCCUGGAGUCCCUGGAUAACAGCAGUCAACCAGGCCCUGUGCAAUCCAGCUUGCUGCCUAUAGCACCAGACCUUGAGCAUUUCGCCAGUUAUGCGCCUCCCAGUGGAGAUCCUAGUAUUGAGUCAACAGAUGGGGCUGAGGAUGCUUCACUGGCCCCCCUGGAGAGCCAGCCCAUCACCUUCACCCCUGAGGAGAUGGAGAAGUACAGCAAGCUCCAACAGGCUGCACAGCAACACAUCCAGCAGCAGCUUCUGGCCAAGCAAGUAAAGGCCUUUCCAGCCUCAGCUGCCCUGGCCCCAGCCACACCAGCCCUGCAGCCCAUCCACAUUCAGCAGCCAGCUACAGCCUCUGCCACCUCCAUCACAACUGUUCAGCAUGCCAUCCUACAACAUCAUGCUGCAGCAGCUGCUGCCGCCAUUGGCAUUCACCCCCACCCCCAUCCCCAGCCACUUGCCCAGGUGCAUCAUAUUCCCCAGCCCCAUCUGACCCCCAUUUCCUUGUCCCACCUCACUCACUCAAUCAUCCCUGGCCACCCUGCCACCUUUCUCGCUAGCCAUCCCAUCCACAUCAUUCCUGCCUCAGCCAUCCAUCCUGGGCCGUUCACCUUUCACCCUGUCCCACAUGCUGCCCUCUACCCCACCCUGCUUGCCCCACGGCCUGCUGCAGCAGCUGCCACCGCCCUCCACCUUCACCCACUACUUCACCCCAUCUUCUCAGGUCAGGACCUGCAGCAUCCUCCCAGCCAUGGCACAUGAGUUGGGGAUGGGAUCCUAUGUAGGGCCAGGGAAGGAGAACCAUAAAUGUUCCCUUGGGGGUGUUGAGCCAUUAGUACCAGCAAGUAGAAGCUGGGAUGGGCAGUGUCUGGCAGCCAAAGAAUUGAGUUUUGGCUUGCAGGGGUGGGUUUAGAUUUGAAGUUUGCUUUGAGUUUACUAUCAGGGAUUUCUUUUUUCCUGUCCUUCUCUCAAUUUGUCCCUCCUUCUCCUGUGUUUCUAAGCUAGGGAACACCAGUAAGUGCUACCCACCCCUCUGCAGCAACAUCUCCUAACUGUCAAGUUUAGAUAAUUCCUUCCUCCCUCUGCUUUUUAUCCUCUGCGCUUCCCUUCUAUAAAUUUUUUAACAUUUUCCUCCUCUCUGGGCAGUGGGUUGUCACCAAAGCACUUGCUGUGGGCCCAUCUGGUCUUGCCUUCUCAGUGCCACAAGGAAGGCCAAGCUGUUCUCGUGGUGGAAGUGCCACCACUUUGGAGUAGUAUCUUUGACCAUCCUUGGUGACCUUAUGUUAUCCCAGGUGAGGUGGAAAGGAGUCUGACCUGGAACCUGAUGCAGCUCAGGCUGCAAUUCGAUCCAGCCCCACAUAAACAGGGCCACACAUUUGGCACUGUUAUCCUGAUGUCCCUCACCCCAGAGGAGGCAUCUCCAUAUCCCAGAAAAGAUCCUAUCAUGAAUAGAAGCUCUGCGGAGUAUACAGUUGCCCAUGUGCUUUCCCAGAGAGGAGUUCAUGUGUCUGAAGUGAAGGGUAUAUUUUCUUCUGUUGUGUUGAUGUUUCCUUUUUAAUUUAUAGGAUUUUUUAAUGUAAAAAAUUGCACUGAACUCUAUAAACGUAAAUGCUGCUUUUUGUAGCUCAUAUAAAAAAGGUUCCAUAUUUGUAGUAUACUGCAAUAAUAUUUUUUACAUCCAGCUCUUUAAGUGAUCCUCGUUCUGGUGGCUUUGUGUAAAUAUGUUUGCCUUAGUUGAAUUAAGAAACUUUAAAGGUUAUAAAAUGAAAACAAAAAAUAAAGUAUUUGUUUUCUGCUAGGUGCAAAACUGACUAAGCAUGUAUAUUUUACCAAGCUCCUGUAUUUUUUGAAGUUAUGAACUAUAAAAUGUUAAAACAUUUUUUGCUGGGACAAAAUGUUAAGUAAUUUGCAGUAAGUAGUGCCCCCGGUAUUGGGAUUUUUGAGCUAAUGGGCAGCAGUCAGCUCGGGGUUUCCGAGGGAUGCUCAUCUUUGACAGUCUCCCUUGGGUACUUUUGUUGUUUUACAUAGAGAAACCAGUGGACCCCCCAGAAGAGAAGGAGGGGACUCAACAGCUUUAUUGACUGAAUCUCACAGCAGUGACAUGCAGUGAUUUUCUGGGGGGAUCCUGGGUUUCCCUGGGUACCUUGUUCCAGGCAGUCAGUCUGUUUGCCUUCCUAGUACUUAGCCUCCCCUGACAGUUUUUUUUUUUUUUUAAUGUGCCUUUUGGGUUGUUAGAAACUGAAGUAGAAGUAGACUGAAGGAUGAGUUGGGACAGUCUUCCUUUUAUUGGGAGGUAAGCACAUUUAUAGAUACUUCAAAUUGUUUUGCUUCAUAGUUUCCGUGCCCUCUGCCCAGCUCAGUUUAAGCAGUAAACGUUCCUUGUUUCUUUUCUUCCAUGACACUGACCAGCGGAAUUACCACCUAAGCCUCCUUCACCCCUCUUCUUGCCUUUCAUCCAGGCCCUCAGCCCUAAUUAACACACCGACCCAAAGGUGCUUGUAUUGCAGGUUCCAUCUCCUUUGAUGAGGUUAACAAUUCCCUCUGUGGCAUUUUCCUAACUAUUCCUGUAGCUAGAAUUGGCUGGGUGGUCACUUGACAAGAAAAACUUUGCUUACCUAGGCCAAGGCUCUGUGUUCCUGCCUUCUCAAAUUCUCAAAAGAGAAAGGUUUUGAGUUUAUGAGAAGAAAGUGCCAGGCAAACACAACUCUUGACUGCCCUCCCUCCUACCUAUUCAGUGCUCCUCGUCUGAUUCAGAAGCAUCACUUCUUGGAUAACUAGCACUGGAAAAACAAAAUCAUCUGUGAGUGAAGGGACUCAUUUUUCUUUGCUUUCAGCCCAUGUAAAUAUUUAAAUAAUACAGUAUUAAUAUUUUGUGCUGCUUCCCAUUAGCUUGUAGAUUGAGCCAUACUCUGGCUGCCUCUUUGCCUUCCUAGAGGCAUUUUCCUUAACUUCCAGAAUAGUGAUUUUAAAACUUAAAAAAACAAAAUAACCUAUCCUUACUUACAAGCAUAACAGAUUGUAUUUAACUUUAUCACAUAUGAUAGAGAUAUAUAUGCUGUAAAAUGAGGGAAAGGAACUUUAUAAUAAACCAAUGAUUUGUGGAAACUUA